ACCCGAACCCGAAAAAAAGAGAUUCACAAAUCACGAGCCCAAUAAGAGCGUCCUCCCUCAAAACCCCGAAAGCAGCUGCGUCCUUUCUCCCCCUCAGCCUAAAACCCUAACGCCCCCACCCUCUCUCUCUCUCUCUCUCUCUCUGGUUGCAAUGGCCGAUUCUGUUAUACCACUGGAGAAGUUGAAAGCUUUCUGGCACUCUCAGGUUCACGAUGAAGAGAAGUGGGCGCUGAAUAUGAAAUUGCUGCGUGCUGCAGGAUUAUUUGCUGGCUCCAUCCUUCUGAUGCGUAACUAUGGAGAUCUCAUGGCUGUUUGAUGGAUUGCCUUUGUAUACUCCUUUCUUAUUUUCAUUAGAGUAAAAGCUAGUAGCCCCACCUCUCUCAUUCUCUUCUUUUUCCUUUUCCUUUUUUGGGGUGUCCUUUGUGAGAUUACUCUUUGUUGCUUUUUUGGAGUUUCUGUUUUAGGAUUUGGAAAAAGAUGGAGACUGCCAUGUUUUAUGUUAUCUUGUGACUAAGUUAUUAAUGAUUUAAUAAUACUUUUUUU